CUUCGCUUCGGCGUGCUCCGCCGCCGGGCCCAGCACUGCAGAGCAACACGGCUCAGCCGCGGCUGCUUUGGGCUCGCCAGGCACUGCAGCAGCGGAGGUGACAUCCCGCGGCAGGAGCUCAGAGGUGCCAGCAGCGAGGCGCAGCAAGGCACGCCGCGAGAGGUGCGCGCACGUCACGGCGCCGCGCUGCGCACGCGACCCCACUUCGAGCCGCCUGCGCACGAUGCCUUAAGAGGGGCGCUCGCCCCGCCCGCUCUUGCCUCCCGACCACCACCUCGCCUCAGCACCAACCGCACCACACCACCACCCACCACCCACCAACCUCUUCUCAUCAUGUCUGGCAUCGUCGACAAGGCCUCGGACGCUGUCAAGAGCGUGUCGGAGUCGAUCCAGGGCGCCGGCGCCACCGCUUCCAAGGAGGCCAACAAGGAGCAGGCCAAGGACAACAACAAUUCCAUCGGCGACCGCCUCGGCGCCGCCAAGGACGCUGCCAGCGACAAGGCCAGCGAGCAGAAGCACGAGGCCAAGUCCUAG